CUUCCUCCCCGUACCUUCAAGGUGCGCUCCCGAUCUGGAGAGCCGAAGGCAUCGGCUGCCGUCAUGGGCGCUCUCAGGAUCAUGACAGGAGCGCUGCAGCCUCGGGAGAUCCGGCGCCACUGGAGAAGAGGGCACGGUUUGGAGCUGGUCCUUCCCGUGGCUUUGGGCAGAGCCCCCUACUCCGCCGGAGGGAGAGAGGCGGUGAUGAAUGGCCGUCACCAGCAGCCGCAGCAGCCUAAACAGCGCCUCACUGACCAGGACCUCUCAGUGAAUGGGAUGCUGCCACGUCUUAGUGAUCUGCUCUUUUACACAAUAGCCGAAGGACAGGAAAGCAUCUCUGUUCAUAAAUUUACCACUGCCUUACAGCGUACUGGCCUUUGGACCUCAGAUCCACGUCUUCGGGACUGCAUGAAUCUGAUGCGGACCACAAUUCAAGGAGCUAGCAGUGGAGGAAUGCUGAGUCGAGAACUUUUUCGGAGGUGUGUGAGUAGCAAUAUAGUUCUCCUGACCCAGGCUUUCCGGAAGAAAUUUAUUAUCCCUGACUUUGAGGAAUUUACAUCACACGUGGAGCAGAUCUUUGAGCUUACCAAAGGACUUAGGGAGGGCAAGGUAGCAAAUUACAUUCCACAAAUGGCCAGAUAUAAUUCAGACAUCUGGGGUGUAUCUCUCUGCACAGUGGACGGACAACGGCAUUCCAUGGGCCACAGUAAGACUCCCUUCUGCCUGCAGUCAUGUGUCAAGCCCUUAAAAUAUGCUGUUGCUGUCAGUGAAUUGGGCACAGAGAGAGUCCAUCAGUAUGUGGGCAAAGAGCCCAGUGGGCUGCGUUACGACAAACUCUCUCUCAAUGAAGAAGGGAUUCCACACAACCCUAUGGUGAAUGCAGGAGCCAUUGUGGUGAGCUCUCUUAUCAAGAUGGGCUGCAAUAAAGCAGAGAAGUUUGACUAUGUGGUGGAUUAUUUGAAGAAGAUGGCUGGAAAUGAAUACGUGGGAUUCAGCAAUACCACGUUUCAGUCAGAGAAAGAAACAGGAGAUCGGAAUUAUGCCAUUGGCUACUAUCUCAAAGACAAAAAGUGCUUUCCACGUGGUGCAGACAUGAUGGCAGCUCUUGACUUGUAUUUCCAGUUGUGUUCUGUCGAAGUGACUUGUGAGUCUGGAAGUGUCAUGGCAGCCACGCUUGCCAAUGGUGGUAUCUGCCCUAUCACAGGCGAGUGUGUCCUCAGUGAUGAAGCCAUCCGCAACACCCUUAGCCUCAUAUAUUCUUGUGGCAUGUACGACUUCUCGGGACAGUUUGCCUUCCAUGUUGGUCUUCCUGCCAAAUCUGCAGUCUCUGGGGCUAUCCUGCUGGUGGUGCCCAAUGUUAUGGGAGUGAUGUGUCUAUCGCCCCCUCUGGAUAAAGCUGGCAACAGCACAAGAGGAAUUGGGUUUUGUCAGGAAUUGGUGUCCCUCUUCAAUUUUCACAACUAUGACAACUUGCUGCAUUGUACCCGCAAGAUGGAUCCACGCCGUGAAGGAGAUGAAGUUAGGAACAAGACUGUUGUGAAUCUACUGUUUGCUGCUCACAGUGGAGAUAUCUCUGCUCUUCGGAGGUUUGCUCUUUCAGCUAUGGACAUGGAACAGAAAGACUAUGACUCUCGCACGGCCUUGCAUGUUGCUGCAGCUGAAGGACAUCUGGAGGUUGUGAAGUUUCUGAUGGAGGCCUGCAGAAUCAAUCCUUUUGUCAAGGACAGAUGGGGAAACAUUGCCUUGGAUGAUGCCAUCCAGUUUCAUCACCUGGAAGUGGUAAAGUUGCUCAAGGAUUAUCAAGAAAGCUACAUAUUGGGUUCCAGACAGACCAGAGAAGCAGCUGAGGAUCUCUCCAAGGAGAAUUUGGAAAGUAUGGUGUGAGAAUGAUAGUUUUUGUAAUUGCUUUGUUAUCCCUGUUUUGACUAGUUCAUCUCACUUCUGAAAGGAGUGUAAGGGUAAACAUGCUACUGCUAAGGACUUGAAGAAGAAGAGAGACAUAUAAAGGGAGAGACUACAUUCUCUUCAUUCCAAACUACUCCAUACAGUUGAGCAAUGCAGAGUUGUAUUUUUCCAUAACUGUCUUGUACAAGAGACUCUCCCUGGUGAACCUUGUAUGAAAGUUCAGUACUCCCCUUUGACAGUACAAGUAAAAUCGAUAAAAUCCCCAGGAAUUGAGAUAGUAACUUUUGGUGAGAAAGAAAUUUUAGCUGCAGAAAAAGGAGAAAAAGAAUGCCAUUUUGGGUUGCCUGAUAAAAUCCAAGCAGCUAUCACUAUAAAUGCUAAACGCAUUUAAGGAAAAGGGGUUCUUCAAUUCCUGUCUCCUUCAAUUUUGUAACUUAAUGAAGCUUCCACAGUGAAUAUUUUUCAUUUUCUCCACUAUGAAUCCGUUAUCUCCCUUGUCCAACCAUUCCCCCAAUAGGUAUUUAAGCAAGAAGGGAAAACAUAUUUGUCUUUAAUGAAUUCUGACUUUUGUCUGUCCCCACCUUCAAAAAUAGUCAACCAUUUCUGCUAUUUCAGUUACACUCCCUUUCCUACACCCACACCAUCUGAGAAGGCUGCAGGGCUAUCUCAUAAUACAGUUAUGCCACUGGAGGGUGUGGAGAUAUAACUCUUACUUUUUUAGGGAAUUGAUUUUUAAAGUGCAGUAGCUGAUGACCAAAUUAGAAAUGUAGUGCAUCUAUUCUGCUACUUGUUUCCAUCAAAAAAAAAGCA